AUGCAGCAAGUAGCGACUGUUCACGGCGGGGAGCCGAACCCGCUAGACAGCAAAGGACUCUGUCUACUAUCCCUCGAUGGCGGCGGUGUGCGCGGGCUGUCGACUCUAUAUAUCCUGAAAGGGCUGAUAGACCGAUUAAAUCGGGCGCGCCCUAAGGGUUCACCAGCAAAGAAACCCUGCGAGGUGUUUGACCUGAUUGGCGGCACCAGCACAGGAGGAUUGAUUGCGAUCAUGUUAGGUCGAUUGGAGAUGGAUGUCGAUGAAUGCAUCAUGGCAUAUAUCAAAUUAAUGAAAAUGAUUUUUGAUAAGCCCUCGAAGCAGAGCCUAUCCAGACUUUUUGGCAAGAUUAAACCCCGAUUCGAUGCCCACAAGCUCGAGAGUGCAAUUAACGAAGUCAUCAAAAACUGCGGAGCUCAGCCGACUGAUCUAUUUAAUGAUCAAGCUGACCGGACUUGCCGGGUAUUCGUCUGCAGCAUCACACAGGAGACUAAGGAGAUUGUGCGCCUUCGCAGCUACUCUUUACAUAAUAAGCCUGGAAUAUCGGCCACCAUCUGCCAGGCCGCUCGCGCAACCUCCGCCGCAACCACCUUUUUCGAGCCGGUGUCGAUCGGUGCACGCAGAUUCGCAGAUGGCGGGCUCGGGGCCAACAACCCUGUAGAUGAAGUAGAAGGCGAGGCGUCUGAUAUUUGGUGUGAAGAUACAGGCGACCUUAAACCACAGGUGAAGUGCUUCAUCUCGAUUGGCACCGGCAAUCCUGGGAAGAAGGCGAUGGAGGACAACCUAUUGAAGUUUGUUUCUAAAACCCUACCAGAACUCGCCACCCAAACCGAGUACACAGAGAAGCGAUUCAUCGCUAAAUGGCGAGAGCAUUAUGAUAGCAAGCGGUAUUUCCGAUUCAAUGUGGACCAGGGGUUACAAGACGUCGGGCUGGCGGAAUACCAGGAGCAAGGCUUGAUUGAGUCAGCAACUGAAGGGUAUCUCGACCACCAGGCAGUGGCGUUUCGAGUGCGAGACUGUGUUGAAAAUUUGAAAUUAAAGCAGAGUCUAACCAGCGUCGAUUUUAUUAAAGAGAUUCAGCUAUAUCAAAGGACACUGGCUCUUCGGGAACAAUGGCAGGGCCGUGCCCGGUGGCAGGUGCCGUUUGAACGGAAUACCAAGUUCACAGGCCGUGAGGAACUGCUUAGCGACCUAACACAGAAACUAGAACUGAACUCUGAUACCACCAAAAGAAUUUCAAUCAUGGGCCUCGGCGGUGUGGGCAAGACACAACUAGUACUUGAGCUCGCCCACCGUAUGCGAGAAAAAUGCGCGGUCUAUUGGAUUCCCGUCAACAGCUUAGCCAAUCUCCAAACGGCAUAUCGGAAGUUGGCACAAACCCUUCGCCUUCCUGGCUAUGAACAGACUGGUGCUGAUAUCCUUGAACUUGUUCAAACAUAUCUCAGCGAUGAGACUAUUGGCCCAUGGCUGCUGGUAUUAGAUAACGCUGAUGACAUAGAUCUAUGGACAUCCCCACUCACUCUUGAGGUUGGAGCUAAGCGCCUGAUGGAUUACAUGCCCCGGAGCAGGUAUGGAGCGAUCAUAUGGACCACGCGCGAUCGCAGGCUAGCCACAGGAGUUGCUCGAGAAAAUGUGGUGUCUAUACAGCAAAUGGACGAGCCUAGGGCCGCAGAGAUGUUGCGGAACUAUCUGAUUGAUCCUAGUCAGAUCGAAAAGGACGAGCUUUCAUUAACAGGAUUACUACAGAAACUUACAUAUCUUCCACUCGCAAUUGUUCAGGCCGCAGCGUAUAUUAAUGUGACUGGGGAAUCACUUAAGAAUUAUGAAGCUCUCUUAUCUAACCAAGAUGAUGAGGCGAUUGAGCUCCUAAGUGAGCAUUUUGAAGAUGACGGCAGAUAUACAGAUAUAGAGAAUGCGGUGUCAAAAACAUGGCUCAUCUCAUUUGAGCAAAUUCGUCGCCGUAGCGCUCUCGCAUUUGAAUAUCUAGGAUUUAUGGCCUGUGUGGACCCUAAAGAUAUUCCUCGGUCGCUGCUACCGCCUCCUAAUGGGUCAUCGCUUAAACAGCAGAGCGAUGCAAUCGGCAUCCUUGACGCAUUCUCAUUCAUCACUAGACAUGAGGAUGGAUCAGCAUUUGAUAUACAUCGUCUAGUACAUCUGGUGACGCGGGGAUGGCUAAAAAAUAAUGGAGAACUACCGGCUUGCCAAAAACAAGCAGUAAUGCGGCUGAGUGAACUCCUAUCAGAUAUCCACCAAGUAAAUCGGAUGCACUGGCGGCAAUAUAUAGCUCAUGCACAACACGCUGUGGAAGAAGAUGAUAAGUGUAGUAGGGAAAAGGUCAAUCUUGCGGAAAAUUGUGGGGAUUGUCUGAGAUAUGAUGGGCGAUAUCGUGAAGCAGAGACGAUGUUUCGGAUAGUCCUCGAGUAUCGAGAGAGGGUGCUAGGGCCAGAACAUCCAGACACGCUCACCAGCGUCAGCAACCUUGGUUCAGUCCUUGACAGCCAGGGCAGGUACGAAGAGGCCGAAGCCAUGCAUCAGCGGGCGUUAGAAGGCCGAGAGAAGGUGCUAGGGCCAGAACAUCCAGACACGCUCACCAGCGUCAACAACCUUGGUUUAGUCCUUAAAAGCCAGGGCAGGUACGAAGAGGCCGAAGCCAUGCACCGGCGGGAUCUAGAAGGGUCUGAGAAGGUGCUAGGGCCAGAACAUCCAGACACGCUCACCAGCGUCAGCAACCUUGGUUCAGUCCUUGACAGCCAGGGCAGGUACGAAGAGGCCGAAGCCAUGCAUCAGCGGGCGUUAGAAGGCCGAGAGAAGGUGCUAGGGCCAGAACAUCCAGGCACGCUCACCAGCGUCAGCAAGCUUGGUUCAGUCCUUGACAGCCAGGGCAGGUACGAAGAGGCCGAAGCCAUGCAUCAGCGGGCGUUAGAAGGAUAUGAGAAGGUGCUAGGGCCAGAACAUCCAGACACGCUCACCAGCGUCAACAACCUUGGUUUAGUCCUUAAAAGCCAGGGCAGGUACGAAGAGGCCGAAGCCAUGCAUCAGCGGGCGUUAGAAGGAUAUGAGAAGGUGCUAGGGCCAGAACAUCCAUACACGCUUACCAGCGUCAGCAACCUUGGUUCAGUCCUUGACAGCCAGGGCAGGUACGAAGAGGCCGAAGCCAUGCACCGGCGGGAUCUAGAAGGGUCUGAGAAGGUGCUAGGGCCAGAACAUCCAGACACGCUCACCAGCGUCAGCAACCUUGGUUCAGUCCUUGACAGCCAGGGCAGGUACGAAGAGGCCGAAGCCAUGCAUCAGCGGGCGUUAGAAGGCCGAGAGAAGGUGCUAGGGCCAGAACAUCCAGACACGCUCACCAGCGUCAACAACCUUGGUUCAGUCCUUGACAGCCAGGGCAGGUACGAAGAGGCCGAAGCCAUACUCCGGUACCAUUCAUAG